GUCGACGGCGGAGUAAAGUUUUUCAUUCCUCGACCGGAUCGCGGAGUGUUAGGUAAUUUUUUUCCGUCGCUGGCGCGGGUGCUUCUUAAUAAAGUGCUAAAGAGAAAAAUCUUCCAGCUGAGAAGGCUGAAGAUCAGUGCUGCGGUGAACGUGAAAUUGAACCAGUAAUUCGAACUUACGAACCGGAUAAGCCGGAAAGAUGGUGCAUUACGCCCGUUUGAUGAAUGUGCAGGCCAAGCGUGCCGCUCUGUACGCGGUUGAGUCGCAGCAGCGUUACUUCCAUGCGUCGUGCGCUUCCGCAGCCAAAGUUGCGCUGUCCCGUUUUGAUCAGGAUGUGUACCUGCCGUACGAGAAGCUCCAGAAGAACCUCGAGGUAGUCAAGAAGCGGUUGAACCGCCCGUUGACCCUCAGCGAAAAGAUUCUGUACGGUCAUCUGGACGAUCCCGCCAACCAGGACAUCCAGCGUGGCACGUCUUACCUGCGAUUGCGCCCGGAUCGUGUGGCUAUGCAGGAUGCCACCGCUCAGAUGGCCAUGUUGCAGUUCAUUUCCUCCGGAUUGCCAAGAGUUGCCGUCCCAUCGACCAUCCAUUGUGAUCACUUGAUCGAAGCUCAAGUCGGUGGCGAGAAGGAUUUGGCUCGUGCCAAGGAUCUGAACGCUGAAGUGUACAAGUUCUUGUCCACUGCUGGUGCCAAGUAUGGUGUUGGUUUCUGGAAGCCAGGAUCCGGUAUUAUCCAUCAGAUCAUCCUGGAGAACUACGCUUUCCCCGGCUUGUUGAUGAUCGGUACUGACUCUCACACGCCGAACGGAGGUGGUUUGGGUGGAUUGUGCAUUGGUGUUGGCGGUGCUGAUGCCGUCGAUGUAAUGGCCAACAUUCCAUGGGAACUGAAGUGCCCCAAUGUUAUCGGAGUUCACUUGACUGGAAAGAUCAGCGGCUGGACUUCGCCAAAGGAUGUUAUCCUGAAGGUCGCCGAUAUCCUCACCGUUAAGGGUGGUACUGGAGCUAUUGUGGAGUACUAUGGCAAGGGCGUCGACUCGAUUUCCUGCACUGGCAUGGCCACGAUCUGCAACAUGGGUGCUGAAAUUGGUGCCACCACUUCAACCUUCCCCUUCAACCAACGCAUGGCUGAUUACCUUGCCUCAACUGGACGCUCAGCUAUUGCCGGAGAAGCUAAGAAAUACCAGCAAUCCGUACUGACUGCUGAUUCUGGUGCUAAAUACGACCAGGUGAUUGAAAUCAACUUGGAUACCCUGGAACCCCAUGUCAACGGUCCAUUCACCCCGGAUCUUGCCCACCCAAUCAGCAAGUUGGGAGACAACUCCAAGAAGAACGGAUACCCAAUGGACAUCCGUGUCGGCUUGAUCGGUUCUUGCACCAACUCUUCCUACGAAGAUAUGGGACGUUGCGCCUCGAUUGCCAAGAACGCCAUGAAGCACGGUCUCAAAUCGAAGAUUCCAUUCAAUGUGACUCCCGGUUCGGAACAGAUUCGUGCCACCAUUGAACGUGACGGAAUUGCCAAGACUUUCAAGGAAUUCGGAGGUACCGUUUUGGCCAACGCUUGUGGACCAUGCAUUGGCCAGUGGGACCGUAAGGAUGUGAAGAAGGGCGAAAAGAACACCAUUGUGACGUCGUACAACCGAAACUUCACCGGACGUAACGAUGCCAACCCCGCGACGCACUGCUUCGUUACCAGCCCCGAACUGGUGACUGCUCUGUCGAUUGCUGGCCGUUUGGACUUCAACCCCUUGACUGACGACCUGACCGGUGCCGAUGGUAAGAAGUUCAAGCUGGAUGCUCCGUUUGGUGAUGAGUUGCCCCAGAAGGGAUUCGACCCCGGCAUGGAUACCUACGAGGCCCCUCCAUCGGACGGCAGCAAAGUCAAGGUUGAUGUCGACCCCAAGAGCCAGCGUCUGCAGCUGCUGGAGCCCUUCGACGUUUGGGAUGGCAAGGAUCUAACUGAGAUGACUGUGUUGAUCAAGGUCAAGGGCAAGUGCACCACCGAUCACAUUUCCGCCGCUGGACCAUGGCUGAAGUACCGUGGCCAUUUGGAUAACAUCUCCAACAACAUGUUCAUUGGCGCCACCAAUAUCGAAAACAACGAGAUGAACAAGAUCAAGAACCAGGUCACUGGUGAAUGGGCGGGAGUUCCGGAUGUGGCUCGCUUCUACAAGGCCAAGGGAAUCCGCUGGGUUGCUGUCGGUGAUGAAAACUACGGCGAGGGUUCGUCUCGCGAACACGCUGCUCUGGAACCCCGUCAUCUGGGAGGACGUGCCAUCAUCACCAAGUCUUUCGCUCGUAUCCACGAAACCAAUCUGAAGAAGCAGGGUCUGUUGCCGCUGACCUUCGCCAACCCCGCUGAUUACGAUAAGGUUCAGCCCCACUCCAAGAUCUCGCUGCUCGGCCUGGACAAGAUGGCCCCAGGCAAGCAGGUCGACUGCGAAAUCAAGACCGAUGGCAAGGUUGACAAAAUCAAGCUGAACCACUCGUUCAACGAGCAGCAAAUCGCCUGGUUCAAGGCUGGCAGUGCGCUGAACCGCAUGAAGCAGAUUGCAGCGGGCAAGAACUAAAUCCCGUUUCCGCAUCCCGCUCGCAUGUCAUCCACUCAUCUUCAUAAAUAAGCGUUUCUUGCAGUCGUAGCGUAAGAACUCCCUCUCAACGCUACAAAAUACGUACCUACUGCAACGAGGGGUAGUUUCGAAUCAGCUGGAUGGCUUUUGACACUCUCGCAAUCAACGAACAAACGAAUAACUUGAGUGGCGAUUGUUCCCGAGAGUGUCCGAGUCAAAGCUUAGAAUACGACCGUAAGGGAAAAACACAAAGUAUCUACUUAAGGAAUAACCCUCCCAACUGAAUACUAGAAGUCAAACCUCAUUAGGGCGUUAGUGUGAGGAUUUUCUUUUUUUAAUUUGUACAUAGAUAUAACUGAAAACCAAACCACAUCGUACUACUUAAAAUACUGCGCCGAGCAGAAAUGUGUAGUCUGCAACUAGAAACGAGUUUAGAUGUCUUAAUAUAAUUCGAAGCCAAUUAUUCAUCAUUUGGAGUAAAAUUGUUCACCACGAUCUAAAUUAUGUACCGAAAUCUUACAAAUCCUGUCCCAGUUUUGUUUUAGGCGCUACAAUUUAGGAAUUUUUUUUCUGUAUUUAGUAUGCGACAAUAAAACCGAUAUUACUAUGAAAAUUAUUAUUCAA